AUGGGCGCCUCAAUGUCUAUUUCGAGCCUCUUUGGCAAACUCUUCGGGUCCAAGGAGGUGCGCAUUCUGAUGCUCGGCCUUGACGCUGCCGGCAAGACCACCAUCCUCUACAAGCUCAAGCUCAACCAGACCAUGACAACCAUUCCGACCGUCGGGUUCAACGUCGAGGCUUUUACAUACAAGAACAUCAAGUUCAACAUGUGGGACGUCGGUGGUCAGGAUAAGAUUCGUCCAUUAUGGAGGCAUUACUACAGCGACGUCAAGACGGAACUGCAUCGCAUUCUCAACGAUCUGGAAAUGUCCGACUGCCUCUUGCUGGUGUUCGCGAACAAGCAAGAUCUCAAGGGCGCAAUGGACUGCCAAACAAUCACCACAAAGCUCGAACUCUCCAAGCUCGGAGAGCGACCGUGGUUCGUCCAGCCCGCCAUCGCUACAGAGGGCGAGGGCCUGACCGAGGGUUUCGGUUGGCUUUCGGAGAACAUCAAGAAGACGCCCAAGUACAGCGGGAAAUGA